CCGUGCGAAACGAGUCUCCCCUCCCGCACGACGAUCAAUUUCCGAACCAGUCGUGAGUCGUAAGCGCAGUGGAAAGUUGUCGGUUGUGAAUCAAAGACCUGCAAUUUGCGACAUGUCUUUCUCGUCGACGAUUACGGGCAGGCAGGCCGCCCGAGAACACAUCCUGGCCGUGUCGCGCGAUUUCGUAUCGCAACCCAGGCUAACGUACAAAACCGUGUCCGGUGUAAACGGACCCCUCGUCAUCCUCGAGGACGUGAAAUUUCCGAAAUUCAACGAGAUCGUCGAACUGAAAUUAUCCGAUGGCAGCCUGCGGUCGGGUCAAGUGCUCGAAGUCAGCGGAUCCAAAGCUGUCGUCCAAGUAUUCGAGGGCACGUCGGGUAUCGACGCGAAAAACACCCUUUGCGAGUUCACCGGGGAUAUCCUGAGGACGCCCGUAUCGGAGGACAUGUUGGGCCGCGUGUUUAACGGCUCCGGCAAGCCCAUUGACAAGGGGCCCCCGAUUCUGGCCGAGGACUUUCUGGACAUCCAGGGCCAGCCGAUCAACCCGUGGUCGCGUAUCUACCCCGAAGAGAUGAUCCAGACGGGUAUCACGGCCAUUGACGUAAUGAAUUCGAUUGCCCGUGGGCAAAAAAUUCCUAUUUUCUCCGCCGCGGGUCUGCCCCACAACGAGAUCGCCGCACAGAUUUGCAGACAGGCAGGUCUGGUCAAGGUGCCCGGCAAAUCGGUACUGGACGAUCACGAGGACAAUUUCGCCAUCGUUUUCGCUGCCAUGGGCGUCAAUAUGGAAACCGCCAGAUUCUUCAAGCAGGACUUCGAGGAGAACGGUUCGAUGGAGAACGUAUGCCUGUUCUUGAACUUGGCAAACGAUCCGACCAUCGAGAGGAUCAUCACGCCCCGUUUGGCGCUCACCGCCGCCGAAUUCCUCGCCUAUCAAUGCGAGAAACACGUCCUCGUCAUCUUGACCGAUAUGUCUUCGUACGCCGAGGCUUUGCGUGAGGUGUCCGCCGCCCGCGAGGAGGUGCCCGGUCGUCGCGGUUUCCCCGGUUACAUGUACACCGAUCUGGCCACCAUCUACGAGAGGGCGGGGCGCGUCGAAGGCCGCAACGGCUCGAUCACCCAGAUCCCGAUCUUGACGAUGCCCAACGACGACAUCACCCAUCCCAUUCCCGAUCUGACCGGGUACAUCACCGAAGGUCAGAUCUACGUCGACAGGCAAUUGCACAACCGUCAGAUCUACCCGCCGAUCAACGUGCUGCCCUCUUUGUCGCGUCUCAUGAAGUCCGCCAUCGGCGAAGGCAUGACGCGCAAAGACCACUCGGACGUCUCUAACCAACUGUACGCGUGUUACGCCAUCGGCAAAGACGUGCAGGCGAUGAAAGCGGUGGUGGGCGAGGAGGCGUUGACCCCCGACGAUCUCCUCUAUCUCGAGUUCCUGACGAAGUUUGAGAAGAAUUUCAUCUCGCAGGGCAAUUACGAGAACCGUACGGUGUUCGAGUCGCUCGAUAUCGGCUGGCAACUGCUCAGGAUAUUCCCCAAGGAGAUGCUGAAACGUAUCCCCGCCUCGAUCCUGGCAGAGUUCUAUCCGCGCGACUCGCGUCACUAGGCGCGAGGUGGGCGUGGUCGGCCAAUCACCAUUCCAGCGAGCGCGCGCGCGCGCCGUAGUUUGUGCAUAUAUGUUUUUUUUUCUUCCCCUUUACCGUUUAUUUUUUAGGUGUAGUUCAAAUGUAUCUAUGACGUGUAAAUUGUUAUUGUAAAAAAAUAUGUCGCCCGCUGCGCGCGGGUUUAUUACAGUAUUCGUUUUUAAAUGAGCGCGCCGAAUCUAACGGUUAGAUUAUACGGAUGUGUUGAAUAAAAAUGUUUUCG